AAUACUUAUCAGUCGUUUUUGUUGAUAGCCGUGCCGCGCGUUUUCCAGUUUUUAAAACAUUUUGUGACAACUUGUGAUAUGGAUGAUUUCAUCUCUGAAUGUUUUUUCCCAAAUAUUAAAUAACAUAAUUAUUGCUUCUUAUUUUAUGUAGUUGUUUCUAACAUCAGUGUAACGAAAUAGACGUAGUGAAAAUGAAGUGUAUUGUGUCAGGCGGAAAUAUUAAAAUUUUGGCUCGAGCCGUACAGAUGCUCUCGAAAAUUGGCGAUGAAAUGUUUGUACAGCCACAAGAGGAUUGUUUGUCUUUUCGAUCUGUCAACGGUACAAAUUCGGCCUAUGUCGAUGUGACUUUUCAAGAAAAUUAUUUUUCUUACUAUGCCUACGAAGAUUUGGAAAGGACUGAUGCGCUCAGGUGCAAAAUUCUCAUUAGGAGUGCAUUAGCAGUAUUUAAGUCACCAAGUUUAAUAGACAAGCAAGUGGAAUCUUGUCAUAUACAACUGGAGGAAGACUCUGAAAAAUUGUGUUUCAUAGUGAAGUACAAAAAUAGUGUUAUAAAAACUCAUUUGCUGCCAAUACUUGAUUGUGAGACAAUAAGAGCAAAUUACAAAAAAGAUGGCACAGCAAAUAAUUUGUGUAUACAGCCACGUGUUAUGAACGAUAUUGUUCAAAAUUUUCAACAAGGGCUUUUGGAAAUAACCGUAGAAGUACUGCAGGAUAAAGUCCUUAUUAGGAAUUAUAUUGAUGAAACUUCAAAUGUAUCUAAUGAAACGCGCACGCAACUUGUGUUUGGAGCUCGAGAAUUUGACAAAUAUGCAAUUGAGUCUGACACGGUGAUCACAUUUUGUUUAAAAGAAUUAAGGGCAAUCUUAUGUUUUUCAGAAGCUUUAGGGCAGCCUAUCGAAAUAAAUUUUGACAAGCCGGGAAAGCCAGUUGUGUUUGUGUGCAAAUCGUCAUCACUAGAAACAAAUUUAGUUCUUGCUACGUUAAAUCCAGAUACUGAUAGUGCAUCACAAAGUACUGUAUCUACAAGGCGAAACCCAGUGCCAAAGAAAGCUCCAAAAAAAGCCCCUGCCAAAGCCAAGCAAGGGAUCAAGUCGUUAAGUAAGAAAUCAUUUGAUGCAAGUAGAGUCAAUAACAAUUCAUUAAAUACAUCAGAAGUUAGAAAUACUGAAUCAGUAGGUAGAAUUAGUGACGUGACUGACUCGCCAUCUCAGAGAAAUGGAAAAGAUUCAGGAUCGUCAUCUAAAACUUGCACUCCGGUACCAAGGAAUACUAAUACAGAAGGGAGUGAGAAAACAGUGAAGGAUGCAUUUGCAUUUUUGAAGCGAAAAUCAGAGGAAACUGCACAAAAUCCAAAUGACAAGGAUGAAGAUGAUUUCGUUCGAAACUCGCCACCAAGACAACUUUCAAAAAAAGCAAAGAUGAUAUUCAAAAAGUGUUUCCAAUCAACGUUUGAUCCAAAAAUGAUUCCUGGCUACAAUCAAGUUGAAGUUGAAGAUUCUGAAGAGGAAGAUGAUCAAUAUGAGUAAUUUUAAACUCAGAUUUUAUGUACAAUAAUAUUGGGAAGUUGUUCAUUCCAAACAUCAUGUUACAUUUACG